UUAAUUAAUUGUAACAUUGACUUCACGCCCGUCUAUUGCAGAGACAGACCAAACCUACGAGUUCAUCUCAACUCUGCAAACGUGGGCUGGAGCCCGCGACUACUGCCGACAACACCACACAGACUUACCUAUGAUCGAGAGCGCAGAGAACAAGACAAAUGUCCAAAGCGCCAUACCAUUUGCUGUUAAUGCUUGGAUUGGUCUGUACAGAGUGCCAGGGUCUUGGUCCGAUAACAGCGACAGCCUUUUUAGAAACUGGAUAAGUGGGGAGCCAAAUAACGCUUUUGGUAGGCAGCAAUGUGUUACUGAGAACGCUAACCAUGAAUGGGAUGAUACUGCUUGUUCCAACUUGUACCCUUUUCUCUGCCAUCAAGAUCCAAUCUUAAAGAAAUCCAUGCUGAGGAUGAAAAUAAAGACUGACGCUGACCUAACGGAUCCGGCUACCAACAGUCAGAUCCUCCAGCAGCUGAGUGCAGUUUUUGCAAGUCUGGGAUGGACUGACGUCAAGCUUCGAUGGGAGAUUCAAUGCAGAAAACCAGAGAAAGAAAAACUUGCAGAACCUCACUGCAUUAUACAAUUUUAAUAUGUUUUUUUCUGCAAACCACAAAGUUAGCUUUCAUGUAUGAUGGUUGAAUGACACAAUAUACUGUAUCUCACGUCCACAUAUUCUUCUAAACGAUGGUAUAACGACUGUUAAGUUAUCUGUUUUUAUUUAUGCUUCAGCUAAUAGAAAACUACAGUAACAAUAUGAGUUAUUUAGACUUUUUGCUGACUUGGUGACAUGUUUUGAUGCAACAACCAUGUAUACACAACUAAUUCAUGCAAUACUACAAGAAUAAAAGUUUUUAAAUACAUAGAGAGAAAUGUUGAUGAUAAAA